AUGAAGAACAUGAAAUCGGAUUCGUCGGCGAAACUUACGCGAUGGAGCUUCUGUAUAACGAAAUUCACGGAAUUUUGCAAACGGACGGAUUUACACGGCUUCAAAUAUAUUGUUAUGGAGGAUCUUAGUGUGGUUGAAAGGUGCGUGUGGGCAGGAGCAGUGGUGAUCAGCAUACUUUGCGCAGCAUUCUUCGUGACCACAGCUUAUAGCUGGUACGCAAGGAACCCUAUCGCUACAGUUAUAGAAAGUACUCAAGGAGCAAUAUGGGAUGUUCCAUUUCCGGCUGUGACGAUCUGCGACCUCAAUAUGAUUUCACGAAGAGCUGCGAGGGAUUUGUCAAACGUCUUGACCCUACCUGAAAAUGUAACAGCUGAUUUUGUUUUCAAAACAUUGAAAGUAGCACCGCUUUUACAUUCCUCAAACAUGGCCGACCCAAUACAUAAAAGGGAUCUCCAUAUUCUGCAAGACGUUCUAGAUCUUAAUAACAUCACGGUCGAAACGCUUUUUAAAAAAUUGUCUCCAGCUUCAUCCUGCAGAGACCUCUUAGAGCGGUGCAUGUGGAAGAAUACAAUAUAUCACUGUGAUCAGAUUUUUCAGCAUGUAUUCAAUACAAUAUUACUUUGUUGUACCUUCAAUUAUUAUGCUUUGGACCAGCCGAGUGACGAACAGAUGAUAUUUCGUCAUUCGACUCCAAGGCGCGUGGCUUCCUGUGGCUAUCAGACAGCACUGACGGCUAUUUUGAAAACUGACCCAAGUGACUACUACAGCACGAGCGUAGCAUCUUUAGGUACACUGGUUUUUAUAGAUAAUCCAUACAAUGUUCCUGACUUCGAUUCACCAGUUCGUAUGGUAAAUCCUUCAACUGAGAUGAUGAUUGCUGUGUCACCCGAACAGACGUACGCUACGGAGGGAACUAAAUCUUUUACACCUGAUGAGAGACAAUGUUACUACAGCGACGAGGUAAAAAUACCCUACAUUCACAAGUACUCCUACCAUAAUUGUAUGAUGUUAAGGAAAAUACAGAUCUUAAUAAACGUCUGUAAUUGUGUACCAUUCUUCUUUCCGCACGACGGUGACAGCAGAAUUUGUAAUUUUCACGACGUAGAAUGCUUGGAAAAUGUAAAAAGUCCUUACAGGGUGAAUAAUGGGUCUGAGGAAGAAGAUCCGAGAACCUUGAAUCUGAUCAAAUGUUUACCAGAAUGUGAACAUUUCGAUUAUCCUCUGGAGGUGGCCCUCGGCAAGUUAUUUGUGAACGUGCCUCUUGGAGUUACAUCGUUUUAUGAAGGUAUCAAUUUGGAAAAUCGAUCAGUUCUCAACGUGUUCUUCAAUGAUUUGGUCUCUACUAAAUACAGACGAGAAGUUUACUUGAACUGGCAGAAUAUUUUAGCCGCGUUUGGUGGACUCUUGAGUUUGAUGCUGGGUUUCACAUUAAUAGCUGGUUUCGAUUUCAUACUGUUUUUUACAUUACGAGUUGCUUACGACUUUUUAAUCAAAUGUUUUAAAAAUGAAUCCAAACCGACUAACAGUCAUAUAAUCAACGUGGAAGAAUAUAAAAAAGAAAGAUGGAUAAAUAAUACUAGAAGAAAGAAAAUCUAUUCGGAACAUGGAAAAAUGUUUGCAAGAGCAAAUGAAAGCAAUAGAUAUUGA